AUGGCGGCCUCGCAACCAGAAGGUCCGCCGGUUCCCGUGUGUCCAGACUGCGGCCAGAAGUUCUUCUCCAAAACCACGCUGGAGAUCCAUUCCCGGAUCCACACCCAGUACCGGCCGUACUCCUGUGAGGUUUGCCAUAAAACCUUCUCCAGGAAAGGCGGUCUGGUCGAGCACCGACCAAUCCACGAGGCGGAACGCCCCUUCGCCUGCCUCCAGUGCGGCAGAACCUUCACGUUCAAAUCCAACCUGACCCGCCACAUGCGUUUCCACAGCGACGCGCGGCCCUACGUCUGCUCCCAGUGCGGCCGAGGCUUCAAGAUCUCCGCCCAACUCAAGAGCCACAUGAUUUCCCACAGCGGGUAUAAACCGUACGUGUGCCCGGAGUGCGGCCAGAGUUUCGUCCGUUACAUGAGUCUCAAGUAUCAUCGGCUGAGCCACACCGGCGAGCGCCCGCUGUCCUGCCCAGAAUGUCCCAUGACCUUUGCCCGGCCGCACACCCUUAUGAUCCACCGGCGACAGCACACCGGGGAGACGCCGUUCUCUUGCCAGGACUGUGGGAAGAGGUUCAAGCAGGGGUGCCAACUGAAAGACCACGUUAGAAGGAAACACACAGGGGAGAAACCGUACAAAUGCUCCGAGUGUGACAAGUGCUUCGUCACUUCGGCGUCUCGUAAAGUGCACAUGGUUGUCCACACAGGAGAGAAGCCGUACCAAUGCACAGAGUGCUGUAGGAGAUACAGUCAGAGUGGGGGCCUGAAGAGGCACAGGUGUGAGCAGCAAACCAGGUGA